AGAACAUGCAUCAGUACUUUUCAAUGUGUUUUCGGUAUUCGUUCGACUUGGGGAUAUCCCCCCCUGCUGUCGAGACCUCAUUGGAAUGAUGGAUCCGAAGCAUCGCUUGAUCUUAUGAUCAUGACCUUGCCGGCGCUUUGAUUUUUCCAGCUACACCACAUCUGCCGGUGUGCCAGCAGAAGGGGUAUAUAACUCGAAACCAACGAUGAAUCUGCCACUCGAGUUAUGUCCCUCCUCUCUUAUCUCGCACUAGGUUACGCCCUCUACCUCGUAAUACGCCUCACUUACUCCUUCCUCAAAAAAUCACCUUUUCAACAUAUAAAUGGACCUCCGGCAGUGUCCUGGUUCAUGGGUAAUCUAAGCCAGCUCUUCAAUGCGAAAGGUCUCCCGUUCCAUCAAAAAAUUGUUGAUGAAUACGGAGGUAUGAUCAAAGUUCACGGUUUUUUCGGGGACGAGCAAUUGUACAUCUCAGAUCCCAAGGCACUUCAGAGUGUUCUUAUUAAAGACCAAGACGCCUUCGAAGAGACAGCUGUGUUCAUCGAAACGAACAAGGUCAUCUUCGGACCUGGCCUUGUUGCUACUACAGGGGACCAGCACAAACGACAGAGAAAGCUGGUCAACCCUGUGUUUUCCGUGGCACAGCUGAAAGAAUUGAUGCCAGUAUUCUACAGAAUAUCCGAUAGGCUAGCGGACGCCAUGGAGACAGAGCAUGGAGAGAACCCCGUCCUGGACAUGUCUGAGUGGAUGUCACGCGUCGCAUUGGAGAUGAUCGGGCAAACGAUCUUAGGCUAUAGCUUCGAUCCCCUCAGCUCUCGAGUGAAUAAUCCAUACACGUCGGCCAUCAAGGAACUCAUACCGACGAUCUUCUCCCUUUCCCUGAUUCGGCAGUUCGCCCCGUUCCUGUCGAGGUUGGGGAGUCCGAGUUUCAGAAGAUGGUUAGUGGAAUGGACGCCGAAUCAGGCGGUGCAGAAGGUGAAGAGCAUUAGUGAUGUAAUGCAUGACACGGCGAGGGAAAUUUUAAUGGUGAAAAGGGAAGAACUUGGGCGAGAGAAAGCCAAGAGUAACAGAGAUAUUAUCAGUGUUCUAUUACAAGCCAAUGAGAAUGCUACUGAGGAUGCUAAGAUGAGCGAGAACGAGCUCACGGGUCAGAUGACGGUCCUCAUUUUCGGAGCGCAAGAUACGACCUCGAGUGCCCUUUCGCGAAUUCUCCAUCUCCUUUCCGUCAGGCCAGAUAUCCAGGACAAGAUUCGUGAAGAGCUACAUACGGCUCUGCAGGCCAAGCAAAGUGGCGGAAGGCUCGAGUACGAUGAGAUAAGUGAGCUUCCUUGGUUGGAUGCCGUGAUCAAAGAGACACUUAGAUUAUACCCUCCUGUACCUUUUGUUCGUCGCACUGCUAUCAAAGAACGUUCACUGACGUACUCUCCGGACGUGCACGAUCUGGACUCUUCUGCUUCCGUUAGUGUUCCCGUAGGGACAACAUUGUUUGUGGGUAUCGCUGGUGCGAACAGACUUGAAAGUAUAUGGGGUCCGGACGCCAAGUCGUGGAAGCCGGAACGGUGGGUCAACGAGCAAGCACCUGGUAGGCGCGUGUUGCCCGGGAUUUAUGCUGGCAUGCUGUCGUUCCUCGGAGGCGGCCGAUCGUGCAUCGGUUAUAGAUUCGCGCAGAUAGAGAUGAAGGUUCUGUUGGCGACGCUUGUUCUCAGGUUUCGGUUUUCUUUGACCGAUGAUGUUGUUGUGUGGAACCUUUCGCAGAUUAUUUCUCCGUCAGUAGUGACGAAAGGAGGCGAAGGGCAGAACGUGGAGCGGAAGGGGAUGCCUCUCAGGGUGGAGGUGUUGUAAUCGAGAAAAGAGAGGCAUGGCCAGUAGAAGACCCCUUCCCAUUGGUCUUCGUGGGAGAUAAAGUCAUAGAGUAGGAUAACGACUCUGGAUAUUCAUGGUCAUCUAUGUUAGCUGUGAUCUUGUUGUAGCGAGUGGUACAUAGUCUGUGGUUACAUUUGUGUAUCACCUUAACGAGCUAGUUCAUUGGAGA